AUGGCGCCCUUCUCGGGGUCUGAUGCUGACCAUUUCAAGGACAAGGCGCGGAGGGAUCUCCUCACUUUACUGGAAGGCGUCCGGGGGAAGAAGAACCUCGUCAUAAGUCAGGAGCUGGCUGGUCCAGUGGGGCUAUUCGUCAAGUUCUCCGAGCUCCAAGACUAUGGAGUCCAUCGAGUCUUCUAUCUGGAGAAUGCAAACAUUGACUCAUCACAACGCAAUGUGGUAUUCUUAGUUCGUGGCGAGAAGGCUCGCCACGUUCGAAUUGUGGCAGACAUCUACAUUGAGCGCCAUCAGGAUGAGCUGACAUUUAUUCUUUCAACAGAGCAGAUUAAACGUUUGCAGAACAACGGCAACGUUGAGCAUGAGUUCUCUAUCUUCUUUUCUCCAAGACGGACUCUUGUGGGCAAUGCAGUAUUGGAAGAGGCCGGUAUAACCGGGGAUGUGAAUAUCGCCGAACUCCCACUGCUGUUCAUGCCUUUAGAACAAGAUGUCUUGUCGCUAGAACUGGACGAUUCAUUUAGCGAUUUAUAUCUGCAUAAAGAUCCCGGGUGCAUAUUCCAUGCCGCCAAGGCUCUCAUGGGCAUCCAACAGCGCCACGGGUAUUUCCCACGGAUUGUUGGAAAGGGCGAUAAUGCCCGCCGCUUGACAGACCUGCUGCUACGCAUGAGGAAAGAACUCGAUGCAGAGGAAAGCUCUGGAUUAGCCGAUCCAUCUGCACGGGGAUUAUUGCCCAGCUCCAAUGUAGAGAGCCUGAUCAUCAUAGAUCGUGAUGUGGACUUUGGAACUGCUCUUCUCACGCAACUCACGUAUGAAGGGUUGAUUGAUGAAUACGUCGGUAUCAAGAACAACCAGGCAGAUGUCGACACAAGCAUUGUCGGUCCUGCAUCGGCACCCCAGCCACAGGAAUCAUCCAAGUCACCCCAGCAGCAUGGUCCGCCUAAACGGAAGGUUCAGCUGGAUGCCUCAGAUCAAUUGUUCAAUCAGCUUCGAGACGCAAACUUCGCAAUCGUGGGUGAUAUAUUGAACAAGGUUGCGCGUCGCCUGGAGAAUGAAUACGAGACCCGCCACACAGCUAAAACAACCGGUGAACUUCGAGAGUUCGUGAACCGGUUGCCAACAUAUCAACUGGAGCACCAGAGUCUACGAACCCACACCAACCUAGCAGAAGAAAUAAUGCGACUCACGCGCUCCGAAACAUUCCGCAAAACCUUAGAAGUCCAACAGAACAACGCUGCCGGCGCAGACUCGACAUACCAGCACGAGACUAUCGAAGAACUUAUUGCCCGAGAUGUUCCUUUAAAAACAGUUCUACGGCUGCUAUGUCUGGAAUCGUGCAUGUCUGGAGGUCUCCGCCCACGCGACUUAGAAAACUUUAAGCGACAAAUCGUUCAAGCAUACGGCCACCAGCAUCUUCUCACAUUCUGGGCGCUGGAGAAAAUGGAAUUGCUCCAACCUCGAUCUCCAGCUACAACCAUGCUUCUCUCGACUUCGGGUGCACAGGCAGGAAGUAAGACAAACUACGGAUACCUGCGCAAGAACCUCCGUCUUGUCAUCGAGGAAGUCAGCGAAAAGGACCCCAACGAUAUCUCCUAUGUGUACAGUGGCUUUGCGCCACUGAGCGUCCGCCUAGUUCAAUGCGUUCUUCAGAAAUCAUACAUGGUUUCGCUUAUCAAAGGAGGGACGCCGGCUGCUGCGCUCAACAACGCCAGCACAAUGUCUCCUGGCUGGCUUGGUUUCGAGGAUGUGGUCAAAAGUGCACGAGGUGCGACAUUCAGCAUUGUACAGAAAGGUGAUGACAAGGCUGUCCGCGCGCGUCAGACCCUCAGCGGGAACUCGGGCACUAAGACUGUGUAUGUCUUCUUCCUUGGUGGUAUUACGUUUACGGAAAUUGCCGCGCUGCGCUUUAUUGCUGCCCAGGAAGCGCCGAAGAGGAAGAUCGUUAUCUGUACCACGAGUAUCAUUAGUGGUGACCGCAUGAUGGAGGCAGCUAUUGAGAAGGGCAGCUUUGGUCCGGCUGACGCGAAGUAA